AUGGGUCGGUGCCUCGCUUCCGAUUUCUUCCGUAGUUUGUCGGUGACGAUGAUCUUGAGGAUAUCGUCCCUUAGAAUAUUUAAGUUACUAAAUAUUUCUGGGAAGAGACAUGAACAGGUGAACCACAUGAUUGACAAAGAUGGUUCUGACAUGGACAUUGAAAGUAGUGAUAGUGUUGAGGAUGAUGGGGACUACGGUGGUGGUUCGAUCUUCCCAAUUUUGCAGUUAUGCAAGUGCCCUUGUGUAGGAAGCAUGAACCGCAUACGCCAAAAUCCUCAUAUUUGUGCCUCUUGGACAGAUGCGAGUCAUGUUCAGGUGUGGGGCUUGAUCUCGCAAUUGAAGCCUUUGGUAGAAAGAGAUUCUGCGGCUCUCCAUUGGGAAUUGCUUGUGACAGAUCGAAGAAAGCAUAAAUGA